AUGAUAGAACACAGAGCUGACUUUGAAACAGAUACUUGGAACCCGUGGAAGCCACCAGAACUCGUGAUAAUUGUUAUUGUUUUUGCAUCUCUGGUUAUCAUUGGUUUAGCAUUAGGUUUAGGUUUAGGCAUCGGCCUAAAUAAUGAUAGUCAAAAUUUGACAUUUCCUGUAUUGAUAACGGAACCUUUAGUAGUAACUACAAAUACAACGAACGCUACAACCUCAAUAGCAACAACAACAACAGCAAGUACCAUUCGUACGACAUCCACAACAACAACAACAACAAGUACCAUUAGUACGAUAUCCACAACAACAACAACAAGUACCAUUAGUACGGCAUCCACAACAACAGCAAGUACUAUUAGUACGACAUCUGCAACAACAGAAACAAGCACUGCUACUACGAUAUUCACAGCAACGCGAACACCCACUACUACUAGUACAACACCUACAACAAUAGCGACUGGGAGAAAAUAA